AUGCGUUUGCAUGCGCUGGAGGCCCUUAUUGGACAGUGCACUCCGCCAGGCUUUUGUCUAAAAGCCGGAGCCAUUCCUCAUCCCGCGGGGCUAAGCGUCUUCCAUCCGACGUCGUUCGGGCUGUGUGGGACAGCCAGUUGGGUCAUUACGGUCUGA